AUGUCCUCCUCCUCCUCCUCCCCGAGGGAGACGUACGAGGAGGACCAGGAGUACGAGAGCCAGGCCAAGCGCCUCAAGACGGAGGAGGGGGAGAUCGAUUACUCGGCCGAGGAAGGCGAGAGCCGCCGGGAAACGACGGCCCGGAGCGGGGGCGAUGGCGGCAGUGGCCGGAGCUUCUCACAGCCGGAGGCAGGUGGAAGUCACCAUAAAGUGUCUGUGUCACCUGUUGUCCAUGUUAGAGGACUCUGUGAAUCUGUGGUGGAAGCUGACCUUGUGGAGGCUCUUGAAAAGUUUGGAACUAUAUGUUAUGUGAUGAUGAUGCCCUUUAAACGGCAAGCUCUUGUAGAAUUUGAAAACAUAGAUAGUGCCAAAGAAUGUGUCACAUUUGCUGCAGAUGAACCUGUUUAUAUUGCUGGUCAACAAGCUUUUUUCAACUAUUCUACAAGCAAAAGGAUUACUCGACCAGGAAAUACCGAUGAUCCAUCAGGAGGCAACAAAGUUCUUUUGCUAUCAAUUCAGAAUCCACUUUACCCAAUUACAGUGGAUGUUUUAUAUACAGUAUGUAACCCUGUUGGAAAAGUGCAACGUAUUGUUAUAUUCAAAAGAAAUGGGAUACAAGCAAUGGUUGAGUUUGAAUCAGUCCUUUGUGCGCAGAAAGCUAAAGCAGCACUCAAUGGAGCAGAUAUAUAUGCUGGAUGUUGCACACUAAAAAUUGAAUAUGCAAGACCGACUCGUCUAAAUGUUAUUAGGAAUGACAAUGACAGUUGGGACUACACUAAACCAUAUUUGGGAAGACGAGAUAGAGGAAAGGGUCGCCAGAGACAAGCCAUUUUGGGAGAACACCCUUCUUCGUUUAGACAUGAUGGCUAUGGAUCCCAUGGCCCAUUAUUGCCUUUACCAAGUCGUUACAGAAUGGGCUCUCGAGACACCCCUGAGCUUGUUGCAUAUCCAUUACCACAGGCUUCUUCCUCUUACAUGCAUGGAGGAAACCCCUCUGGUUCAGUUGUAAUGGUUAGUGGAUUACAUCAACUGAAAAUGAAUUGUUCCAGAGUUUUCAACCUCUUCUGCUUAUAUGGAAAUAUUGAAAAGGUAAAAUUUAUGAAGACCAUUCCAGGAACAGCCCUGGUAGAAAUGGGUGAUGAAUAUGCUGUAGAACGAGCUGUCACUCAUCUUAAUAAUGUCAAAUUAUUUGGAAAAAGACUUAAUGUUUGCGUAUCUAAACAACAUUCAGUUGUUCCAAGUCAAAUAUUUGAGCUGGAAGAUGGUACAAGUAGCUACAAGGAUUUUGCAAUGAGUAAAAAUAAUCGCUUUACAAGUGCUGGCCAAGCAUCUAAGAAUAUAAUCCAGCCACCUUCUUGUGUGUUGCAUUAUUAUAAUGUUCCAUUGUGUGUCACAGAAGAGACCUUUACAAAGUUGUGUAAUGACCAUGAAGUUCUUACAUUCAUCAAAUAUAAAGUGUUUGAUGCAAAACCUUCUGCCAAAACGCUUUCUGGUUUGUUAGAAUGGGAAUGCAAAACAGAUGCAGUAGAAGCUCUUACAGCACUUAAUCACUACCAGAUUAGAGUUCCAAAUGGUUCCAAUCCCUACACACUGAAGCUUUGUUUUUCUACAUCAUCCCAUUUAUAA